GUAACCCAGGACAGCCGACAGAAUUGCCGCCGUCGUGUCAUAAGGUUGUUGCCGUGCUAGGGUUUAACUGUGUUGUUGCUCUACCUCAGAUUUAGCUCGCACAUCCCUGCUAACUUGUUUCAUCCUCUUCUCUUCUCUUCUCUUCUCAGACAGACUGACAUGGCAGAAGAGAGCAUCGAGUUCAAGUGGGGGAAGAAGCGAGGAAUCGGAGGGAAAAGGAAGGACGUGCAGUUCUACGAGUCUUUCACCUACGACGGCGUGGACUACGCGCUUUACGACACCGUUUACCUCGACAGUGGCGGCGAGUUCGAGCCUUUCGUCGGCAAGCUCAUCAAGAUCUUUGAGAAUCGCGACAAGUCGAAGAAAGUGAAGGUGCAGUGGUAUUUCCGUCCCGGCGAGAUUCGCAAGUUCGUCGAAGGGAUCGAGACGCGCCACAACGAGUUGUUUUUUGCGUGUGGUGAAGGCCUUGGACUUGCCAAUGUCAAUCCUCUGGAAGCUAUUGCAGGAAAAUGCAAUGUUGUUUGCAUUUCUAAAGACAUCAGGAAUUCACAGCCAUCAGAUGAAGCACUUCAAAAGGCUGAUUUUGUAUUCCAUCGUUUCUUUGAUGUUGGGCAGCGCAAAAUAUUGGAUACUAUAGAUGACAAGAGUGCUGGAAUUGAAGUAAAAGAUAUAUUUAACAAAUGAGAUCGUGAAAUCCUUGUUCAUGUUGUGAAACUGCGUGUAGACAAGAAAGAAGUUAGUGGUAAUACUAUGGCUGGUAGUAAAGUGGCUUUGCAGCUCAAUAUAAAAACUGCCAGCUUGUAAUUGAAAAGGUAGCUGGCAAAUAUUUUCACACAUUAGUUAACUCAAAAUGCUUCCGAAAUGGAGGGAAACAACUGUAUAGAGAUUUAUAGACGAGGAACUAUCUAUGCUGAGAAGUUAUCAUUCAGAUCUGUUAUUGAUUUGGAAGGAGCUGAACAUGAUGUUAGUGUAAGUGAACUUCCUUUCCAAGAAGAUGGAACUGAGCAAGCAGCUAGUGUCUUCUAGUUACAAGCACUCACGCAGCUUAUGAAUCUUGUAGAAUUACCAAAUAUGGAACACAAACAUGAUAAUUAUUUAUUAAAUUCGGUUCCUCUAAAUUAAUAUUAGUUUUAUGGCCUUGUGAACCUCAUGUC